UUUUAUAUAUAUAUAUUAAUAUACAAUAAUAUAAUGUCUACUUCUACACCGACAUCAGAUACAGAUAUCAAAGCACCUCGUACUCCAUCUUUUUCUCUCUCGUUACCAUUUGGAGCCCAACCGGAUAUUAUUCGUGCCAAUCAGAAAGAUGUAUAUUAUCAAUCUAUUUUACAAGAGCAAAUAUCUAGUGUAUGUCAACAAUUUCUAGGUGCACGAAGACAACACCAAUGGCAAAAGGAGAUCAAUACUGUAUCUGACUUUUGUUAUUAUGGAUUGACAACUUUACUAGGUACUCAAACAUUGGGUGAAGAAUAUUGCGAUCUUGUUCAAAUCAAUCAAUAUGCCGAUGUUUAUCCUGGUUUUUUGCGACGAACAAUACUUGUAUUUGUACAGACAUUAUUGCCAUAUAUAUAUACACGUGGAAUUACUGAAAUCAAGAAACAAGGUCAACAACGUCGUUUACGUCCUGGGCAUCAGCGUGAAGAAGGAAAUGUAGAACUGGAUACGAUACCAAUGAAAAAAAGAAUUCAACAAUUUGUACAAAAUACCUUACCUACUUUGCAGGAAUUUGUGUUAAAAAACGUUCGACCUAUGCAUUUGGCCAUCUUUUACUUUUUUGGUGCUUACUAUAAUUUCUCCAAAAGAUUGACUGGGAUUCGUUAUUUAUUUACACGACAAUUAGGACCCAAUGAACAACGUGCAGGAUAUGAAGUAUUGGGUGUAUUGAUUGUGGUACAACUAAUGAUUCAAGCUGGUCUAGAAUUACGAAAACGAUGGAUACAAUACCAGGAAUUGAUGACUGUUGACCUGAUUGGCCAAAAUGAUGAUGGAACAACGGCGAUCGUGGAUGGGACCGAAAAAAUGGAAACAUCAGCUGAAAUAGAGACGGUAGAUGAUGAUGAUUUUGACUUUAUGAAUGCUUUUGACAAGGAUGAAACAAUCACUCAACCAGAAGAAUUAUCUUAUGAAGCAAUGCAAAUGUUAAAAUGUGCUUUAUGUUUGGAACCAAGAAAAAUCACUACUACUACACCAUGUGGACAUCUCUUUUGUUGGAAUUGUAUUGUUGAAUGGUGUCAAAAUAAGCCUGAAUGCCCUCUUUGUCGUAGUCAUGUCAAUACUUCUCAUUUGAUACCACUAAACAACUUUUAAAAUAUAGAUAGUAGUAGGUAUAUAGUGUUAUUCUUGAAUAAAGUAUCUACAUUUUUUUUU